AAACGAUACAACAAGACCAAUCAAUAGCGCACCCCCCCCACAUAACUUUUGGAUUUUUUGAAUUAAAUAAAAGGGGACAUCAUUAUGUCUGAGCGUUGAGGAAUUCAAGAGAAAAUGAGAGAAAAAGAUUACUUCUAAAUUCUUGCCUAGGCACCUACUUGACUUGUACUAAUAUUAGUUGACUGGCAACAGCUUUUUUUAAAUAAUACGAUUUGUUUGACCAAAAAUUGUGUUGUACAGAAUCAUCCAGUUCUACAAGCUACAUAAUGCUGCGUUCACACUGGCCACGAAAUAUUGCGUGACAACGCGUGACGCACGCGAUGCCAUCGUGUUCACACCGACAUCGCGAGAAGCCAAAGCCCGCGAAACUGAACAACUUCCGGUUCAGCCCUUGUUGUGUAUCCCGUGAAACCAUUCAGACGCAUACUCGAAUAGCAUAGAGAAGAUGUCGAUGAUUGUGAGACUUGCUGCUCUAUAUUUGCUGUUAAAACUUCGCCGAAGGAGAACGCAACGCCGGCGCAGGAAGUGGGUUCACAGACAGCACCGCCAGCUCGGUGAAUACCACCGGCUUUUCGACGAAUUGCGCCUGGAUGAAAGCCGUUUUCAGCGGUACACCAGACUGACCGUGGCCCAGUAUGACGACCUAUUGUCUCGUGUUGCUCACCACAUAUCCCGGCAAGACACCAACUACAGGCUCGCCAUCUCUGCAGGGGAACGCCUUGCAAUAUUCCUUCGGUAUAUGGCGACUGGGGACUCGUACAGGUCUAUUGCCAACAGUUUCCGUGUUGGGGUGUCCACCGUCUCAAAUAUUGUGCCACAAGUUGCAGCAGCAAUUUGGGAGUGCCUUGCGGGAGAGUUCAUGGCUGUGCCCAACACUGAGGGAUGGAGGUCCAAUGCUGUAGAUUUCGAGCAGUGGAGAAUAUUCCGUCGAACAAUGGAAAUGCGACCUGAAAUUGUGGAACUGUGUGUAAAAGCAUCUCGUGUUCUUGACAAUUACAUUAGGAAAUCCACACCAGAAACAGCUGAAAUACCAAAUGCCACAGCCAAUGUUGCUUGAACAUCCUCUUUCUGAUGUGAGCAGACUUUCUGCCAACAACGCAACACGAGAGGCCAUUGCAGUGCGGGAAGCAUUCACCACCUAUUUCACAAAUGAAGGUGCAACAGCAAGACUGUAAAUUGUUUAUAAAGUUUUUAUCAAUAUCCCGCAUGGACUAGAUUUACCAUGCCUGCAUUUUCUGUAAUGGCGUGCCCUUUUAUUAAAAUUUGCUUGUACUGGCAACUCUUGUUGUUCUUUGUGCGCAGUAAUUAGAGCCUGGAAAAGACAAACAUGGUGUUUGGCAAUUGUAUGAUAUUGAUUUCAACAUACAAGUUAAUGAUCUGAUGUUAGAUAAAGUCUUUGAAUGUAAAUUUCUUGGUGUAUUAAUCGAUGACAAGAUCUGCUAGAACCCACACGUUAGCUAUGUCUGAGCCAAACUAUCACAAAGUAUUUCAUUUCUUGCCUGUAAUUAGACAAUCAAUACAAACGCUAUACAAUUCCUUAAUAUUACCAUAUUCAACUUGAAUAUUGAAUUAAAGCUGUGUCAAACUUUUUUUUUGAAGUAUAAAUAUGAGGUAUGAUAAUUUAUAAUUGAAACGAAUGAAUUGCGUUUAACCACCUGUUAGAACACUUAAGGUCUUCCUUGACGGCGCAGGUCUGACGCGCGCCUAGAGGUGAAGUACAGUAUAUAAAAAUGUGUGGAUAAAUACGAUUAAUCAAAUAUUUACUGUAAUAGACCAGACUAAAAGAGAUCUAUUUGGUGCUAAUUAAACUUUAAUUCCUUAAUGCAAAAUACACACAGUACAAUAGUUGUAGGAGAAAAAAAAUUCACGGUAAAAAAAUUCAAAGAAAAUAACUACCCAGAGCUCUCGUGUGCCUUCACAAACGCAAGCCGAUCCAACUUUAAUUGAAGCUUUUGCUGCUUCAUGUUUGGAUGUGUGUUGAUAAAUGAUGUAGCGGCAGGUUUCCGGCGACAUGAAUGACAAGUAUUGGAUUUGCCACUUCCUCCUGGACGCCGAACUCUGUCGCAGAAGGUUCAAUCAAACCAUCUCCUUGGCGGCGCGUUAAUUUGUCGUGCGACAGUCGAUUUGGCGUCAUCGCGUCGCCCCAACGCGUGACGCGAGGCAGCUUGACGAGCUUAUUUGCGCUUUUAUAUUGACUUUCAAUGGGAACCCGUCACGCGACAAGCAAAUGACGCGGCCGGUGUGAACGUAGCUUAAACAUCACCCUUGCUCAUUAGUAUUAAUGACGUUAGCAACUGUUUCUCGGGGGGUCAAACUCGCAUUUGUCCCUCAUGCUAGAUGCAUGUAAAUAGUAUACGAACAAGAUGUUUACUGAGCUAAACCUACCAAUUCUGCUUGAAAAUGUCACUGGUGCCAAAUUCACUGAUAAAGAUGUGGAAGAACAUACAAAUGUUUAGUUAAAGGGAUGGCUUGAGUGCGAGGGCUGAAAAAGACUGGAAAAAGCGCCCACCUGAUCCAGAGGUAGCUUUUUUAUCGAUACCUUUUUCAAUGACAACGACAUUCUCCUGUUUCAACAAGCUAUCCUUUACCACCAUAUGCCCUAUCUUUCUUAAAUUUUAUAUCCUCUGGUUGUCUUACGUCUUUGACUGUUCUUGGGGGUAAUUUAUAUUGCGAUCACAAAUGUUACUCGGUGACAGCCAAUGAACACGUUUAAAUUUGUCAUUAAUAUCAAAUCUUAAUUCUAUUAAUUUGUUUCUUUACAACAGAAAAGGUAACGCUGUUAAAUCUAGAGCCUCCCUGUAGGCAUGAACAGGCUUACUACAAAAAGACCAAGGCCAAACAUGGCUUAUCUAUUUAAAUAUCCAUAUUUUAGAAAACUAGGCCUA